UACCUGACGUCAUCACCCCCUAGUCCUUGUGUUUACGUGGAUAUGAACAUGGCGACUUCAGUAACACAUUAGGAAAGAAUGUUCUCACAUUUGUUAAACGCAGCUUCUGUAAACGUAGAAAACUAAAGCCUAUACCGAUAUAGUAUAAUUUAUAAUAAACACAUUUUGAUUGACACGUUUUCUGAACUAUUCGGUUUUUUUGGCUCUGGGUGCAGGGGCAACAGUCAUGGAAGACGAGGAGAGACAGAAAAAACUGGAGGCCGGCAAAGCUAAGCUGGCUGAAUACAGGCAGAGGAAGGCACAGGCAGAUGGGCAGAAAAAACAGAAAAAGAAGAAAAAGUCACCAGGCACUGGAGGGGUGAAUGCACCAGAUGGGCCGGAUCAUGACCAAUCACUGGGUGAGGAUCCAAGCGAACAGAGCACAGGGAGGGAAGUCGCUGUGGAUGCUGCUGAAUUCACUAUUUCCAAGGCGUUACGAAGUGGGGACACCAUCAAGCAGGAUCAGACCUAUACCAUAGAGCCUGAAAGUGAAGUUUCUACUACAGCAGAUGACUACACGUCUGAGGUAAAUGGGUGCUCUGCUGUUUUGAAAAUAGAACCAUCUUCUGAAGAUGUGAUCAGGGAGGAAGACGUGCAUGUCCCUGAAACUCGUUCUGAGAACCAAGCACAGAGCUCUCGGACCCGGCAUGAAACAAUGGAGGAUGAGCUUGCAGGAAAACAACAGGCAAUUGAAGAGCUGAGUCGGGAGCUGGAGGUCAUGAGAAGUGCAAUUGGGACUGAAGGCUUGCAACAGCUCCAAGACUUCGAAGCUGCAGUCAAGCAAAGAGAUGGAAUCAUCACACAGCUCACAGCUAACCUGCAGCAGGCCCGGAAGGAAAAAGAUGAGAUCAUGAGGGAGUUCUUGGAAUUGACAGAACAGAGUCAGAAACUGCAGAUUCAGUUUCAGCAGUUGCAGGCAGGUGAAACUUUAAGAAACACUAGUCACAGCAGCACUGCUGCAGACUUUCUACAAGCCAAGCAGCAGAACCUUAAGAAUCAGCAACAAAUUGAACAACAGGAGCUUCAACUGAAGAGCUACCAGAGCAAGAGUGAAGAGUACCAGCUACAGAUAAAUCUUCUUCAGGACCGAGUGAAGGAGUUUGAAACGGCCAGUGAAACUUUAAGAAACACUGCUCACAGCCGAACUGACGCAGACUUGCUGCAAGCCAAGCAGCAGAUUCUUAUAUAUCAGCAACAGAUUGAAGAACAAGAGCUUCAGCUAAAGAGCUACCAGAGCAAGAGUGAAGAGUACCAGCUACAGAUAAAUCUUCUUCAGGAACGAGUAAAGGAGUUUGAAAUGUUUGCAAAUGAGCAAGAGGGCUCUGUUUCACAGAGGUUACAAGAGAAAGAGCAGUUAAUUGAACAGCAAGAGAACACAAUAACUGAACACAAAAACACUGAAACAGAGUUGAAGGAAAAGCUUUUGGCUUCUGAUAUGUUAUUAGAAGAUUUAAGCAAGGAGAGAUGUCAAGAUAUAGAAACUCUUAAAACUGAAUUAAACAACUCAAAACAGAGGGAAAGACAGUCAUCGAGUGAGAUAAAGCAGUUGAUGGGGACUGUUGAAGAACUGCAAAAACGUUAUCAUAAAGGAAACCUUUCAGGAAGUGAGAUCAUUCAAAAGAUGGAGGUGGACACGCAAAAAAAAAUGGAUCAGCUCCGAGCAGAACUGGAUGAGAUGUAUGGACAGCAGAUAGUGCAAAUGAAACAAGAACUUCGAAAGCAGCACAUGGCAGAAAUGGACAAACUAAUUGCUCAGCACAGAUCUGAACAUGAGCGGAGACAAGUGCACCCGUCUGGCAGUGUAGCUAAUGAAGAUCAAGUAAACCUAAUGAAUAUGGCUAUAAAUGAACUUAAUGCUAAACUGCAGGAGGCUCAGUUGCAGAAAGAUCAGCUAAAGCAAGAGCGGUCUCAGCAGCUUGCCAAAUUUGCAGAAGAAAAAUCCAGCUUGCAAACCCAGGUGGAGGAUCUCUUGGAGGACCUCAGGUUUGCUAGGGAAAAAGCCCAGAGAGCUUCUCGGAGCAUAUCUGAACAGGAGCACAAACUAGGGGAGGUAGGAAACCUGCAAGCCACUAUUGGUGAUCUUAAAUACCAACUGGUUGCUGCAGCAGAGUCCACCAAAGAAUUGGAGUCGAAGCAUGAAUCGGAAGUUACUAAUUAUAAGAUCAAAUUGGAAAUGUUAGAGAGAGAGAAAGAUGCUGUGCUAGAUAGGAUGGCAGAAUCCCAAGAAGCUGAGUUGGAAAGGUUGAGGACACAGCUUUUGUUUAGCCAUGAGGAAGAGCUAAUUAAGUUGAAAGAAGACCUACAAAGAGAAAGCCAGAUAAAUAUUGAAAAUCUGAAAGAUGAUUUGGCCUUGAAGUACAAGCAGAAGCUAGAAAGAGUGCAGAAGGGCUUCAAUGAACAACUAGAGUCUGUGAAAAUUGAAAGGGAUAGUUUAGUCACUGAAAAAGAGGCAUUGAUAUCUGAUAUCUCCAAGAUGAAAGAAGAUUUAAAUCAAUCACUAGAAAGCUCAAAAACGGAAGAAAUGACUCUUCAAAUAAAGGAACUUAAGACCGAGAUCCAAGCACUACAAAAAGUAGAGAAAGAAAAGGGUACACUGGAACAUGAGAUUCAGCAGUUGCUGGCAAAGAAUGAAGUGCUAGAGAAACAGAUAAAGAAGAAAGAGGAUGACAUGUACAUAAAAAUAAAGGAACUGGAAGAUGAGACUGGAAGGCUAAAGAAAUCAAGGGAGCUACUGGAACAAAAAUUGCAGGCCAGCAAUUUGGCUAGUGGCAUGUCGGCUUCAGACAAUUCAGCAGCGACGUGUGCUGUUGGCAUGGAAACUCAGACCUUUAACGAACAGCUGCAAAUAGAGAGACUUGCUUCAGAAAAUGAACAGCUUAAAAAUCAACAGGUUCAGCUGAAGGAGGAAGUUGAGAGACAGAGAAAUACAUAUUCCUUUGCAGAGAAAAACUUUGAGGUAAAUUAUCAGGAGCUAAAAGAUGAGUACACUUGCCUUUUGAAGGUGAAGGCUGGCUUAGAGGAGAGGAUUGUAAAGGAAAGAGUCCAGUAUGAGGCUAAAAUGGAUAGUCUGCGCACACAGAUUACAUUUCUUCAGAGUGAGAAAGAAAAAAUGGAUGGCUCUGGAGUUUUGGCAGUAAAAACCAGUAAAGUAGGCAAAACUGUGUGGGACUGUAUUGAUGGCGGGGAAAUUAUUGAGAAAGAUAAAACAGAGCUGAUGGAAAAGCUUGAGGUUGCUCAACGGGAGAAGAAAGAGUUGUACUUGAGACUGUCUGAGGUUUCUGAUACAUUAAAUUUAAAGCAAAAUGAGAUCGAGCAGCUAAAAAAUGAACUAAGGUCAGUAAAAGACGAAUACAGACAAAAUGUGGGAAAACACAAAGAACUGGAUAUAACACGGGAGACACGGGUAAAAACAUUAGAAUACCAGACACUGGAAUAUAUUCAAUCAUCUGGAAUCACAGCUACUGAAAUUGUUGGCACAGGGUCAUGCACACUUGAGAAUCAUCAUCACCAAAUAGCACUGUUAGAGGAGAAAGUAAUUGCACUACAGACUUCAUUGCAGACCGCAACCUUGGAACAAAACAAAUUUCAAGAAAAGGAGAAAAGUCUUAUUCAUGAGAAGGAAUCCCUGUUAGCCAAGCUUCAGGAGCUAAAGGGUAAAUCUGUUACUGAAAGCCCUGCAGUGGCCUCAGUACAAACUGACAGUUACCAACUGCAGCAGCUGGAUGCGUUCAAGACUGAGCAGCUGGGCAUGGCAAAGCUUGUGCAGCAGAAAGCCUUGGUAGAAGAGUCCCUGCACAAGAAGCUAGAGGAAAAGGAAAAGACGCUGAUUGCUGCAGAGAAAAAGGUGUUCAAUUUACACGAAAGACUGAAUAAACAGUACCAAAGAGACUGUGCUGAUGAAAAGCACAAUGAAGAGAUGGUGGAAUGUAGUGGGAUUGAACAGGAUGAAAAGGAUAUUGUAGAUAACAAGAAACGCACACAACUAAUAACAGCACCGCUUACAGAAAACUGGCCUGGAAUGGAGACUAAUCAGCAACUGACUGAAGCCGAGUUUAGGCUGCAGAUGGAAGCCCAACGAAUUAGUCUAACUCAGAUCUAUGCUGCACAGCUCGAGCUGGUUCACGAGAAACUUCAGACUGACAAGCAGUGCCUGUCUCUGCUAGAAGAAGACCUCACUACUAGACACAGGCAGGAGGUAGAAAAGCUUCAUAAAAAAUACCAGCAGGAGAAAAAAACAGAUGACAGAGAUGAACGAAUGUCUUCACAGCAACAGAUUCAGAAACUUAGCAAACUGGUGUCUGAAGAAUGCAAGCAACUGAUUUUGUCAUUUGGAAGUGUUUUUGGGGAGGAGGAACUGGAAGCACUUCAGUACAACGAAUCAGAAGAAGCAAAGAGAAGCAGAGAUGAGUCCAGUGCUGGUAUUAAAGAGCAAACUGGGGAUCCCAGUUCACUUUUACAUGAAGCAAAAGAGAUGCACACAGAGCUGCAGAAGUUGAAGGAUAAGAUUUUGCAAGAGUAUAAUAGUCUUACGGGACUUCAAACACUAUUGAAAAGUGACAGCCGCAAGCUGGAGGAACUGCAGAAAGCCUAUGUUGAAUUCAGAUACAGCAGUGAGGAAGAGAUGACUAGUCUUCGAUUGCAGAUUGAGAGUGCCCGUGCUAGUUCUGAGGAUUUCCACGAUCUCAAAGAGCAGUUGAAAGUCAGGUCAGCCCACCUAGAAGAGAUUGAAAAGCUGAAAGAAGAGAUUGAAAAGCUGAAGUCAGAGUUUAAUCAGCAAAGGACUCAAUUUGAGGACCAGCAUACCCAAGAAAUUGAAUGUCUCCGGAUGUAUUACCAGCAACAGAUCAAGGAAACAGAGGAGAGGUACACAACAGAGAUGAUUGUACUACAACAGAGGCUUCAGGAAGUUACUGGCUCAGAAGCACAGUUUAGUAUUUCCAGUGACUCACAGUUUACUGUGCAAAAGGAUAAUGAUCUGGAGCAACAGUGUACUGAAGAAAUAAAGCUUGAGGAUGGUUUAGAAGCAGAACACCAAUACCCAAUAAAGUCAAUGCGACUGACUCAGCAGCUGCAGACCUUGAGGAGGGCCCUGUACGCCAAGUACCUCCAAGAGGUCACUGCCUUGAAGGAGCAGCACAAGGCAGAACUGGACCUACUGGCCUCCAGACUGAUGGAGCAGCACAGCCUGGAGACAAAAGCCCUGCCGCAGGGAAUCACAGAAUCUGCUAAGCAGGACCGAGAAAACAUGAACGGAGGCUUCAAACCGAUCAAAGAGCCUGAAUCAAGUGAAAUCACAGGAAAGAGUGCCAUGCAAACAAUUGAGUCAUUGGAGAAAUGGUACAAGAAAAAGAUAGAGGAAGAAAUAGCCAAGGUAAUUGUGCAGAUGUCUAUAGAAUUUGCUCAGCAGACUGAACUGGCAAGAAUUACUAAGAAAGCAAGAGAGACCACGUCUGAGAUGCAGACGGUUUCUGAAGACCCAGAGAGAGAAGCAGAGAGCAAAACAGAAGAUGAACCCGGGCUUGUUUUUGAGUCAAAUAGGCAAGAACUGGAGAGGAAGGUUUUUGAGAAACAACUGAAAGAAAAGACUGAGGAGGUAUUUUUACUCAGAAAUCAAAUUCGUCAGACUAGCUGUACAAGACAAAUGUCGGACAAGGAGUGUCAGUUUCCUGAAAUUAAUAUUGAGUUAUCUCUUGAACUUGCAACCAAGAAGAAGAUUGUACUACGAGAAUCAAUGGUUUAUAGAGAAGGCACUUCAGCAGAGGCCCUUUCAAGCGCUGGAGAUUUGGACCAGGAGCAUCAGGAAGACCUGCGUCAUGAGCAGGUUCACCUGGAUCAGGAGCAGACUGUGGAGCCUGUGAGACACUCCCACUUGGAGCAGCUGGAGAGGCAUCCGAAAGAGCUGCACAGCUUGAGAGCACAGCUUGCUCAGAAUUCCUCAGUCGAUGAUGUCUCAGUUGGUGAAGAAGAACGGAUAAACGCAGAAAACCAAGAUACAAUAAACACUUCAGUUUCAGCUGGAAAACUCUCUCCAGAAAUGCAAAACAGCAGCACACAAACUGAACAGAAUGAAGAAGGAGACAAUCAAGAGGUACCCCGAGAGGCAUCCCCUCACCCUGAAGCUUCAGCAAAGCGUGCAGAAAAGCCUGACAAGCCAGCCUCUGAUGAUCUCACUGUUGAAAGGAAUAUCUUGCAGAAGGUUAAUGAAAGGCUCAGAAUUGUUUUAUCAGAAGUGCUGAAGACAACUGCUGCUGCUGAGGAGACGAUAGGUCGCCAUGUUGAGGGGUUGCUUGUUGCAUCAAGUAAGGGACAACGUCGUCCACAAAGAGCUGAAUGGGAACAAGCAGCAGAGGACCCCCUAAAGCCACACAUUGUCCAAGGUCACAGAGCAGGAGGAGAUGUUUCCUCUGAAUCCUGCCAAGGCAGUGAUGCAGGUGGAGAUGAUGCUAGUGUUUGGUCUGGAGAGACGGAUGAGGGGCUGGAGAUGUCGCAGAGGCUUGCUGACGGGAUGUUCACCGGGGCGGAACUCGACCUUGAGAACGAGGAGUUUAUGGUGAACAUCAGUACCCGGCUUCAAGUGGCAGUAGAAAAACUGUUGGAAGCCAUCACUGAAACUACAAAUCAGCUUGAACAUGCCAAAAUCACCCAGAUAGAGCUCACGCGCGAGUCAUUCAAGCGCAAUGCUGAGAUCAGUGAACUUGUGAAACGUCAGGAGGAGCUGCAAGAGAGGCUCAGUGAAGAGACCAAGGCCAGGGAGCAGUUGGCAUUGGAACUCCACAAAGCUGAAGGCAUCCUCGAUGGCUACGCGGGUGAGAGAGUGGCGCUGGAGGGGCAGGUCAAGCAGAAGGCAGAGAUCCAGCAGCACUUGGAGCAGGAGCUCCAGCUGACAAGCAGCCGCUUGCAGGAGCUAGAGCAGGAGCGACAGAUAAUGCGUCAGGAGAGGGAACUGCUGUCCAGGCAACAGGAUGCCAUGAGAGACACUGCAGGAUCCAAAGAGCUGCGCCUAGUUGAAGCUGCAGUUGAUGCAGCACCUGAAGCAGACCUGCUGGAGGAGACGGAGAAGAUCAUGAAGGAGAAGGUGGAGGUGCAGCGGCAGGCAGAAAAAGAGAACGGUGAGCUCCUGAAGCAGGUGAAGACGCUGGAAUCUGAGCUGGAGGAGCAGGUGAACAAAGUCAUAGAGAUUGAGCAGGAGAAGAAGGCUGAGAUCAUGGAUUUGAGGCAGCAGAUCCAGGCUCUUGAGAAACAGCUGGAGAAGAACAGAAAAUUUCUAGAUGAGCAGGCUAUUGACAGAGAGCAUGAAAGGGAUGUCUUCCAACAGGAGAUACAGAAACUAGAACAGCAACUCAAGUAUCCCCAAAAGUUGCAGUCCAGCACAGAACAAAGGAACAAAGAGGUGGAAGUUCUGACCAAUCAGCUAAAAGAUAAAACAGACCGGUGCAGUGAGCUUGUACUCGGGAAGGAGCAACUGCAGAGAGAUGUGCAGGAGCGCAAUGAAGAGAUUGAAAAGCUAGGAAGUCAGAUAAGAGAGCUGGAACAAGCACUAAUAAGCAACUCAGACAGGUUACAAAAGUUGGAAGAAAUAAAGCAGUAUACACCAGUUGAGGUUAAAGGCGAAAUAACCCUUGAAGCACAACUGAAGACUGAACGUGAAGCCUUGGACAGGAAGGAAAAAGAGAUCUCAAACUUGGAAGAGCAGUUGGAGCAGUUCAGAGAGGAACUUGAGAAUAAGAACGAGGAGGUCCAGCAAUUACACAUGCAAAUGGAAAUCCAAAGAAAGGAAUUAAGCACCCAGCGUCAGGAGCACAACCACCAGAAUACACUGUUAAAGAAUCAAGUCGAAGCUUUGCAGAAGUCUCUUAAUGACUCUGAUGAUGUUUCGAUUGAGGACCAUCGAAUUGUAAUUGGAAAGUUCUCUCAGGUCAUGGAAGAAAAAGAUAAAGAAAUUGAGCAUCUAAAUGAGCAACUUUAUAAGUGCCAACAGCAACUGGAAAUUGCAUCCGACAACAAGGUGAUAGAAGAAAAGAAUGAACAGAUGAGAGAGCUUGAAUCUGAAAUUGAAUGUCUAAAGAGUGAGCAAGAGCGCUUGAAAAGAAAAAGUGAAGAUGAAAUUGAGCAACUGAAUGAAGUAAUAGAAAAACUACAGCAGGAGUUGGCAAAGAUUGAGCACAAAACACAGGAUGAUGACCCUGAAGAGCCUUCAAGUUUAAAGCACCCUCUGGAAGUGAUGGUAGAAGAGAAGGAAGCUCCAAAGGUACAAGAGGAGAAGGGCUGCAAAGAGAUUAACCUGACCAAGGAAGAAUUUGAAGGCAUGAAGGUUAAAAUACAGCAGGCAAACCAGGAACUGGAAACCCUAAAGGCUGAUAACCUCAACCUUUUGCAGAAAUACAAAUGCUUACAAGAGGAGAGAUCAGUUACCUCUGUGGAAAAGAUCUCCAACACGACAGCUGAGCUGGAGGAAGCCUUACCAGAAAAGACAGCUACUGUGGUAGUCAUUCAGGCUGAAAUAAAGGCACUAGAAGAAAGUGCCAAUGCUAAGAUAACCAACCUGGAAGCUAAACAGGAAGAACUGGAAGCUUCUGUCCGAGAAAAGAAUGCAGAGCUAGACUUGUGUCGUUCUCAAAAAGUGCAAGCUCAGACCAAAACUGAAGUCCUGAAGCAAAAGGUUAUUGAGCUGGAAGACAAACUCAGGGAGAAGGUCGCUGCUGCUCUCGUAAGCCAAGCACAACUUGGUGCAGUGCAGGAGCAGUCUAAAGUACAUACCAAACAGCUUCACAGUCAAAUUGAAGAACUGCAGGGACAUUCUGUUACAGAUGUUGGGCAGAGAGAAACUGCAGAAGUAGCCGAGACAGUAGCUGAAGCCACAGCAGUCACCCACGGUUUUACAAAACCGGAUAAUGAAAAACAGGACAGUAAAACAGAUCAGCCUAAAAACAAAUUAUCUGUUUUAACACUGAAGCUCACAGAGUUGGAGAAAGAGCUAGCUGAGCUGCAGAAGGACAGAGAGCUACAAAGGCAGCUGGUCCACAGCACAGAAGAGGGUGUGGUUGAGUAUGAGAAGAAGCUAGCACAGUUACUGGCUCGGUUGGACCAAAUGAAGAAGCCUAUGGUAGAAAAAGAGGAUGCGCAAACAUCUAAGGCAAGGACAACAAAGCCAGAAAGUGACAAAACUAUUUCUGCAUCUGAACUGGCUUUGGAACUGGAGCAGGUUAAAUAUGAAGCUGCUGCCACAAAAGAAGAAUUGAAUAGCUACAGGGAACGUGCAAAAAAGCUUAAGGAUGACUUGCAAGUAAGAGAACUAACUAUUUCACAGCUCCAAGAGAAUCUUGAGCAGGCAAUGAAAACAAAGCCUGAAAGGGAUGAACCGACUGCUGCAUCUAAACUGGCUUCUGGUCAGGAGGAAGCCAAAUCCAAAGCUGCUGCCACACAAGAAGAAUUGAACAGCUACAAGGAACAGGCAGAAAAGCUGAAAGAUGAGUUGCAAGCCACGCAAUCAAAGACUGAAAGUGAUGAACCCGCACCUGUGUCUAAACUGCUUUUGGAGCUGGAGGAGGUCAAGUCUGAAGCUGCCAUCACAAAAGAAGAAUUGAACAGCUACAGGAAGCAGGCAGGAAAGCUUAAGAAUGAGUUGCAAGUAAGAGAAAUGACUAUUGAACAGCUUCGAGAUGAUCUUAAAAAGGCAACAAAAUCAAAGCUUGAAAGUGAUGAACCCGCUGCUAUAUCUAAACUGGCUUUGGAGCUGGAGGAGGUCAAGUCUGAAGCUGCUGUCGCAAAAGAAGAAUUGAACAGCUACAGGAAGCAGGCAGAACAGCUUAAGGAUGAGUUGCAAGCAACAAAAACAAAGCUUGAAAGUGAUGAACCUGCUGAUGUAUCUAAGUUGGUUUUGGAGCUGGAGGAGGUCAAGUCUGAAGCUGCUUCAAUGAAAGCAGAAUUGAACAAGAAGCGUGCAGAAAAUCUUAAGGAUGAGUUGCAAGUCACACAGUCAAAGACUGAAAAUGAUGAACCCGCUGCUGUGUCUAAACUGCUUCUGGCGCUGGAGGAGGUGAAGUCUGAAGCUGCCGUCGCAAAUGAAGAAUUGAACAGCUACAGGAAGCAGGCAGAAAAGCUUAAGGAUGAGUUGCAGGUAAGAAAAUUGACUAUUGAACAGCUUCAAGAUGAUCUUAAAGAGGCAACAAAAUCAAAGCUUGAAAGCGAUGAACACGCUGCUGUAUCUAAACUGCUUUUGGAGCUGGAGGAGGUCAAGUCUGAAGCUGUUGUCGCAAAAGAAGAAUUGAAUAGCUACAGGAAGCAGGCAGAAAAGCUUAAGGAUGAGUUGCAGGCAACAAAAUCAAAUAUUGAAAGUGAUGAACCUGUUGCUGUGUCUAAACUGGUUUUGGAGCUGGAGGGGGUCAAGUCUGAUGCUGUUUCAAUGAAUGCAGAAUUGAACAGCUCCAAGGAACAGACAGAAAAGCUUAAGGAUGUGUUGCAAGUGAAAGAAACAAAGCUUGGAAGUGAUGAACCUGCUGAUGUAUCUAAGCUGGUUUUGGAGCUGGAGGAGGUCAAGUCUGAAGCUGCUUCAAUGAAAGAAGAAUUGAACAUCUACAGGAAGCGUGCAGAAAAGCUUAAAGAUGAGUUGCAAGAAAGAGAAUUGACUAUUGCAAAUCUUCAAGACGAUCUUCAACAGGCUACAAAACACAAACCACAAAGUAAUGAACCUGUUGCUAUAUCUAAACUGGUUUUGGAGCUGGAGGAGGUCAAAUCCGAAGCUGCUGCCACAAAAGAAGAAUUGAACAGCUACAGGGAACGUGCAGAAAAGCUUAAGGAGGACUUACAAAUGAGGGAUUUGACAAUCCCACAGCUUCAGGAAGAUCUUAAACAAGUAAAGGAAGCUUUGGCAAAGGCAGAGGAGGAGCUGGGCCAUCGUGAUCAGAAAAGAGACACCAAACUCUUUGAGGGAAAACCUGACAUUGUUGGCGAUAAAACGAAACACACUUCAACCAAAGAGAAACCUUCGCUGGUGAGGAAGAACUCUGCAUCUCAAACCGAUAAGCCUGCAAACAUGAACAGGAGCUUCCAGACUCCAAAUGUUUUGUGUAAAGAUGCUGAAAUCCAAAUCGAUCUCAUUAAACAGAAUAGCAGCUCUUCAGAGCAGCUGGCAGAAGUGAUCAGACAGUACAAAGAGAAGAUUGGGCAGAUGCAGGAACUUCAUGCUGCUGAAAUAAUGGACAUGGAGACACGACACAUUUGUGAGAGUGACACUCUGAAGAGUGAAUCUCAGAUUCUGAGGGAGCAAUGCAAGGCCUUAAAUGCGUUUUUAGAGAAGAUAAGAGCUACCGGGGGAAUCUCUGCUUCUGUUUUGGAAUCUGGUUCUUCCCAGUUUAGAGAUGGAUACACUAGUGAUAGCAGCUCAGACUGGAGUCAGAGAAUGUAUUAUGACUUUUCCGUUCAAAACCAGGAGUACAGAAGCACUCCAGAGGAAGCCAAGAGAGACAAUGAAAUGCCUCAGGCUUCAUCAGAGAUGCUACCUGACAGAAUAAAGUACUUGUUGCGAGAAGUACAUCAGGAGGGAAUGCAGGUGCUUUCCCUGUCCGAGGUCCCUUGCAUUGAAGGGGAGAUUGGAACAUCAGAGCACUAUUCUGAAAGCUGGCAGAAAGAGAGGCAGGCACUCCUGGCUACGGUGGAGUCACUCAAGGUUUUGAUUACCAACAUGCAAGUUUACAGCGAUACUGAGACGUCUUUGAAUUUUGCAUCAGCUGAAGGUGUUGCAGACUGGCGUGGAGAGCUCCUCCAAGCUAUCCAGCAAGUCUUUUUGAAGGAGCGCAGUGUUCUUAAGAGUGCACUCGAAACGCAUAUGGCAUCACUAGAGACUAGCGACAUAGUUGUACAUCUGAACCAACUAGAAAACUGUCUGCGUGAACAGGAUGUUAAGAACAGGGAUGCCAUGGAGAUACUUCAGGAUGCUGACAGGAAUAGUCUGCUGAUGGAGAUUGGGCAGCUGCAAGCACAGCUGCAAAGGGCUCAGCAAGGUGAUAGGGCUGCAGCCCAGCUGGCUCAGCAGACAAGCUCAGAUGGACAUCAGGACUGCACAUUGCAAGACAAUCAGGCUAGUUUCGUAGAACUGGAGGUGAAUCGUGUGAAGGAAAGUGGAAGUGAGCUGAAGGAUCGUUUCCACGCUGAGAAGAUGGUGAUAGCUAAACUUAAGAAUGAGCUUGCGCAAACAAAACUGGAACUCGAGACAACCCUUAAAGCGCAACAGAAGCACUUGAAAGAGCUGGAAACUCUCAGGACUGAAGUUUCAGAAAAGACUGCUGAAAUGGACAUGUUAAAUGAUGCUCUGGCAAAUGAGCAAAAGAAAUCCAGAGAGCUUCAGUGGGCAUUUGAAAAGGAGAAGUGUAAAGCAGAACGAAAAGAAGAGAGAGAAAAAGAAGAAUUUGAGGACUUGAAGUUCACACUGGAGCAGGAGCGACAGGUAGCGGCCAAUCAGAAGCAGCAGACAGAGAUGGAGAAGGCCCUUCACCAAGCCCAGCUCUCCCACGAGCUGAGCCGCAUAUCAGAGCUGCAGGUGCUGCUGGAUUCGGAAAAGGCCCGGGCACUGGAGCUGAACAGCGCCCUAGAACAGGAGAAAGAGCUGCGUAGCCAGCUGAAUCUGAGUCCACAGCGGCGACUGGAGGCAGGAGAAUCGGCAGCCGAUGCUGGGUGUAGUCAGGUGGAGGAUGGUGUCCAGACCAUGAAAGAGCUGCUUGGUGACCUGCAAGGCCAGUUGGAUGAGAAGCACACCCGCAUCGUGCUGCUGCUGGGGGACAUGGAGAGACACAAGCUUGAGGCAGUGCAGGAGAGGCAGCGCCACUGCAAGGCCCUGCAAAAGGAGCAGGAGGCUCACAGGCUGGUGCAGGACAAACUGUUGCAGCUGCAACUGAAGAAUGAAGAGCUCCAGAGGCUGCUGGACAGGGAGAGGCAGCUUGUCGUCAGACUUCAGCAGGAGAGGGAGCGGCUCCAGGAGAGCCUCAGUGAGCUGCAGGACCAGGAGAACCAGAGAGAGAAGACAGAGAACACAGAUCAUCCUGAUUCUCGAACGAGUCUCUGUAGAGCAGACAUACCUGUUGACAGAACGAGAGAUUGGGUGCUGCAGCAGAAGAUUUCUGACGUGCUGAAAGUAGGCGCCCGCGGUCACUCUGUAAAUGAAAUCAAUGGAGGAACAGCUGCACCCUCAGACUCAAAGCAUCUUCACGGCAUCAUCCAGAGACUUCAGUUAAUUGCUUCUAAGCUGAAAACGCUCACAAGCAAAGCUUCCAGCAAGAUCCCGUUUGAAGCAGCAGAUGAUGAAAAUCUUAUUUGGUUGCAGAACAGCGUUCAGGACAUUGUGUCUCAGCUUCAGCAGCUACCAGCAAUCCAUCCUAAAGAAGAGCAGAGUGUGCUGCUCCCCACAGGCAGUAGUUCCUCCAGCUCCUUGACAGAGCGGCUGCUGAGGCAGAAUGCGGAGCUCACCGGGUUUGUGAGCCGCCUCACCGAGGAGAAGAACGGCCUGCGCAACUCUCUGAUCAAACUGGAGGAGGAGGUGCGGCACUCCCGCCAGCCAGGUCUCGGGGGGCUUCGUUAUUCCAACAGGAAGCCCCUGGAUAACCAGGAUACCAUUGAUGUUCUCACAUCUGAUCAAGAGACCUGGAGUAGGGAAAAAGACAACCUUGAAAAAUCACUCAAGCAGGCGGAAACACAAGUGAACAAACUAAGAGCAGAGCUCAGAAGCGAUGUAUGGUACAGAGAUAUGACAGGGUCUGACGUGGACAAUGUAACAUUAAAGAGGAUCUAUGGCAAAUACCUGCGAGCAGAAAGUUUCCGCAAGGCUCUUAUUUACCAGAAGAAGUACCUGCUGCUGUUACUGGGAGGCUUUCAGGAAUGUGAAGAGGCUACCCUCUCCCUUAUUGCUAAAAUGGGUGGACGGCCGUCUCACAACCUUGAGAUAAUAACACCUCGCUGCAGAGGUUUUACCAGGUUCAGAUCCGCUGUCAGAGUUACUAUAGCCAUUUCCAGAAUGAAGUUUCUGGUCAGAAGGUGGCAGAGAGCUGCAGGUUCAGGGUCAAGCCCAUCAUCCAGUGUUAACAGAAAUGGAUUUGGUCAGAUAACAGGUAAUGAGGCAAGAACAGGCUCCCCAUACCUCCAUCCUGGGGGUGUUGAAGCAUAUGGAGACCGCAGAACGAGGUCAGAACUGGAAUCCCCAAGGUCAACUCUCUCACUGCAGCAGAGGUAUCAGCCAGCUGAGUCAAGUGCAGGUUCCCUCGCUUGUUCUCACCUCCAGAAUUAUGAUCCUGACAGAGCACUUACAGACUAUAUACACAGACUGGAUGCACUGCAAAGGAGACUUGGGAGCGUACAGUCAGGCUCCACUUCAUAUGCUCAGUUGCACUACGGGACAAGAAGAUGAAGUCCUUUGGGUAUACACACAAAUUGACUUGAAACUGGAUUGCCUUUUCUAAAGAUGAGCUGCUGUGUUUUUGUAUCACUGUUUUGUUUAUAUUUGUGGGACCAAAGUAAACUUGAGUGUAAUACUGUACCUGGUUUUCUUGCCAGUAUAUAAGAGGAAAUAGCUUUUGUGUAUUAGUCUGCUUUUUUGUUGUGCAUAAAACAAUCGGAGAUGGUUUAAAUGUAUAUUUAUGGAAUGCUAAUUUAAACAGAUUUAUUUAUAAUGCUGUAUGUAUUGUAUGGGUGGAAGAAAACUAGUGAAUGUUGCUUUAAGUGCAAAGCACAUCUGUGAGAAGGCUACUAAGUUUUUACUAUGCUGUCCUUUAUUAAUUACUGGCAUUGUGGACAGAUGAAAAAGUUUGUAGAGACAUAUUUUUGUAAUGGUAGAAAGCUUAGAAUUUUAUGGGCAUUUUGUUAGUUUAAAAAUAAAGACUAUUCUAAUAUUUGAAAAAAAAUAUUCUGUAAUACUGUGAUUAUAUUAGAUGUAGCAAAAUCUGUUUUUAAUUUUGCAAUACAUUUUAAAUAACUAUUUUUCUUAUUUUAGCAAAUGCAGAUUACAUUCUUUUUCUGUAAUUUAAGAAUUUAAAUCAUCUUAAAUGAUUUGUUCCAUGAUACAGCCUUCAGCAGCUCAAUUAAUCUGUGUUAUUAUUUUACAUUUGGUGCAAUAACAAGUAUUCACGCAAAUGUUCAUCAUUUCACCCUAGAUUCUUAUGUUAUGGACAUAUGUACUGUACAGCACGUACAUUAGGGUGCCUCCAACACAAAUUAAAGUUCACUUUCUCUUUUAAAA